CGCUCCAAAGUGGAGCUGACAGUGUGGGACCACCCUGAUGACAUCAACCUUUCCUUCACUUCCACCUGCCAGGACGGGAAGCCAACGUCAGGCCUCAGGAAAUGCACUGACUUAAAGAUCGGGGACACAGUGUCGUUCGACGUGAGCGUGGAGGCGAGAAGCUGCCCUCGCCGUGGUGCUGACCAGAGCUUCACCAUCAAACCUGUGGGCUUCAAAGACCGCCUGGAAGUGUCAGUGUCUUAUCUGUGUGAUUGUGACUGCAGCCAGACGGCUCAGAAGAACAGCAGCAUCUGCAACUCCAUCGGUACAUAUAACUGUGGCACUUGUCAUUGUGAGCCAGGCUACCUGGGAGCUCGCUGUGAGUGUCAGGAAGGUGAUGCCAGCAGCCAACACCUCAACUUCUGUCGAGAAGCUGAGGGGAAGCAGGUGUGUAGUGGGCGAGGCGAGUGUAGUUGCAACCAGUGCGCGUGCUACGAGUCGGAGUUUGGAAAAAUCUACGGCAGCUUCUGUGAGUGUGACGACUUCUCCUGCGCCCGUCACAAAGGAGUUCUCUGCUCAGGUCAUGGAGAAUGCCACUGUGGUGAGUGCAAAUGCCACGUUGGGUAUAUUGGAGACAACUGCUACUGCUCCACAGAAACGUCCCCCUGCACCUCUGAUGAUGGGAAGAUGUGCAGUGGACGAGGAAGCUGCGUUUGUGGCCGCUGUCAGUGCACAGAGCCAGGAGCUUUUGGAGAUACCUGUGAAAAAUGUCCCACCUGCCCCGAUGCCUGUGGCACUAAAAGGGAGUGUAUCGAAUGUCGACUGUUUAACUCAGGACGGUUUGCAGACAACCACACCUGCCAGCGUGUGUGUAAAGAUAAAAUAAUUAUUGUGGAGACCCUCGAAGCAGAUGAGCCUGGUGCCGUGCUCUGCCUGUAUAAGACUGACACUGACUGUGUCAUGAAGUUUACCUACUCAGAACAUGUCAGUGGACUGUCCGUCCUCACGGCUCUGAAAGAACCAG